AUGUUUCACACAGCUGAUGAGUUUGCAGCUAAAAUGAUGGCACCAGUCAUACUCUUUUGCUUCUUUUUGGCAUUCUGUCCCCUCUCUGUUGGGACGCCCCUCACUUGUCCUCCUCCGUUUCUGAAUGAGAGCGCACAGCAGGGAUCAGGGAGACUUUGUGCGACGCUGCAACUGCAGACCAAGUUGCCCUGUCCCAGUGUUAACCUGUCAGUGAGAGAAAAUGAGAAGCUGAAUCCUGAAAAAUGGCAUCUGGAGAGUCUGUCGCUGAAGGUGGAAAAAAUCUGCAGUUUUAUGGUGUUUGAACUAGACAAAGAAAGAGAGCAUUUUCCCGAAGGAUUCUAUUCAAACAUUACUAUAAACUCCAUCGAUACACAAUCAGAAUUUUUGUGUGUUUGCAAAAAAUUGCACAUCAGAAACAGACGUACUCCAACAUUUAAUGACUUUGCAAGCAAGCAUUUAGUGGACAAUCCUGCAAAUCCAUCUAAUAACAACUAUUGGCAGAAAGCGUGGGAUUCUGCAUCGAAAUAUAGAGCGGAAGUAAAGAAUAGCAAUAUACCACGGAAACAAUCCUUCAUGGAUAGAAAAUAUUUUAAUACAAAGUUCACACGCGAUUUUAAGAUUAAAGCCUCUAAUGACAGAAUCUUAUACAGAAGCGCGAGUAGAAUGCCUAUUUUUGAUGUCACUAACAAAAAUGGUAGACUAAUCACAGUGAGAAGAUUUGACUAUAUUGUGGUUGAUCUUGACAACAAUGAUCAGCCAAUUCAUUUUGAACCUGUUCCAGAAGAGUCUGCCAAGCCCAUGGAAAGAAUGAAACCUGGACAAACUGUUUCAAUAGAUAGAAGAAGUGGUGCAUCUGGUGCAUCCAGAGGAUUCGGAAGAGUAGUGCAGACAGUGGAAGAAGCUGUAGAACCCGUGGCUGAAGGAGAAAGUAUAGCCAUGUCUGUCAUCGGAGCAACAUCUACAGCGACUUCAGCAGCUACAGUCUUCGCAUCAAUUAUGCAUGUUUUGACUUUUUUUUUAAUAUAAGCCAAAAAUUAAAUCAUGUUUUGAGGGUAAUACUUUAAUGUCUACUGUAUGAACCUCAAUAUAUCACUUAUGCUAGUAAUUAUCAGAUUUAAUUGACAGUAAUGAACAAUUUAGUCAACCUUAUGAAAAGUAUUUCUUUACAGUGCUAGUACUGUGUUAAAAACUGUUACACCCUCAGUAAAAUCCAAUACACCCAAAGGAUGUUUUUCUGCUGCAUUUUUAUUGUUCCUAUCAAACUCUUAACCAUAUCAUACAAUCAUUAAGUUGGCUUGAGAAAACCUACUUAAAGGGUUAGUUCACCCAAAAAUGAAAAUAAUGUCAUUUAUUACUCACCCUC